AUGAAGAUAAUAGCAGUCCUCCUCAUAGAGAACCUAACCAGUAUCGAUCAGUUCCCUCGCGGUUCUUUAGAACAGGUAUCGCAAUGCAUUUUACCACCAGAUAUUUCUUACAGCGCAGUAAAUCCAAUCACCGCAGAGAAUAGAACCCGGUACCGUAUCAUUGAUCAAAAGCUCAUAAUUGCGGUGUCAUCGCACAAAGGCCAAUUUAUCCCACACCUAGGCGACCUGGCGUGCAGUGUACGAGAUAAUUUAUUAUCAGCCAAGCCAGAUAUUAAUGGUGAUAUGGAUAAUUGA